AUGCCCAACCUAGCUCGUAAGCUCCUCAUCGGUGCAGCGGUCGACGGCCUCAUAAUCCAGCCACUGGCAACCAAGGGGCAGCGAGCUCAGUCGCCUGUCAAAAUCAAAUAUGAUGAUGCUACCGUAACCUCGCUCCCUCGGGACCAGCACCCCGACACAUCAAAACCCAACUCAUCUUUCGAGGCUUUUGGAAUCAUCGGACUGUUUACUGUCUCCCGCCUGAGUUACCUCAUUACCAUCACCGGGCGCCAACAGGUGGCACAAAUUCGUGGAUACCCAGUCUAUGUAGUGACCGACGUCGCCCUCACGCCAUGCACGAGCCAGAGCGAGGCCGAGACGGCCAUCACCCACACUUCAAUCCAGCUUCGUCGCGCAUCGGCCGAACGACUCGUUGAGGAAACCGACACUGAGAGCGAGGCCGAGGCCCUGCCUGCCGCAGCGGGUGGGGAAGACGCGGACGACCCGGGCGCCAACAGCGAUCGCGAGGACACGAAUGAGCUAGCGGCGGCGGGCGAGAGGAGCAGCAUAGCAGAGGAUGUAUUCAAGCGUCGCGGCAGCUACGGACGUUACGCACAGCGCUGGUUCAGCCAGAAGGUCGGUAUGGGUGGGGUGAGGAGAGCCGAGACGGCCGAAGCGGCAGGCAGCAGCAGCAGCAAGAAGACUGCCACACCCUCGGAUAAGGCGUUGAGUAAGACGGUGGUUCAAGAGAAGGUCGACACGCCACCUGCACCCUCAGCAGGCGAAAGCAUGAUACCCAAGUUGCUGCGCAUGGCGCACAUAUGGUUUGGGACCUCAAAGAGCUUCUACUUCUCCUACGAUCUAGAUAUCACCAGGAGUGUGGGCAGUCGUGAAGCAUCGGCAGCGAACGCGCCGCUGCACAAGACAGCCGAUCCCACGUUUUUCUGGAAUCAUACCAUACUGUAUCCAUUUACAGGGAUAGGCGAUGAGUCCUUGAUGUUGCCCGUCAUGCAAGGCUUCGUGGGACAAAGAUCGUUCGUCGUCGACCAGAACCCACCUCAGCUCGACUCCCAGAAAGAUGCCGUGGAAAUGAGCGAUAUGACGCCAUCCAUGCAUUCUGACGCGGGAUCACCGCCGCCGGAACGAGCAUCCGUGGAUCUAAGAUCGUCUGAGAAUAAGUUCGUCAUCACUGUUGUGUCAAGGAGGUCGAUCAAGCGGGCUGGGCUGCGAUAUCUGCGACGAGGUGUCGACGAGGAUGGUUUCGCGGCGAACUCGGUUGAGACCGAACAGAUACUUUCGACCCCUACAUGGGAUCCAUCUUCCAAAAGAUACUCCUUCGUGCAGGUCAGGGGCAGUAUACCGCUGUUCUUCACGCAGUCGCCCUAUUCACUCAAACCGCUGCCGGUACUGCAGCAUUCGCCCGACGCCAACUUUCGAGCGUUCAAGAAGCACUUCGACAGGAUGAGCAAGACGUAUGGCUCUUUACAACUCGUCAACCUUGUGGAACGUCAUGGUCCCGAGGCGAUAAUCGGAAACGAGUACCAGAAGAAUGCCGAGAAGUACAAUGAUGAAAAGUCGGAAGGCUCUCGGUCUCUUGACUUCGAGUGGUUUGACUUUCAUUCUGCUUGCCGCGGGAUGAAGUUUGAAAACGUGAGCUUGCUACUUGAUACCCUGGGUGAAAAGAUUGAGGAGAGCGGUAGCACUAUUGAAACAAAUGGCCAAGUGAGCCACAAGCAGGACGGUGUCCUGAGAACCAAUUGCAUGGAUUGUCUGGAUCGGACAAACGUCUGCCAGAGUUCUUUCGGCAAGUUCAUGCUCGAUCUGCAGCUGAAGGAGCAGGGUUUCGAUAUGUCUGCCCAGCUUGAUCAAGAAAAUUCUUGGUUCAAUACCCUCUGGGCUGAUAACGGAGACGCCAUCUCCAAGCAAUAUGCUUCAACAGCUGCGAUGAAGGGCGAUUAUACUAGGACGAGGAAGAGAGACUACCGCGGCAUGGUCAAUGAUCUGGGCCUCUCCCUAACGCGUUUCUACAACGGUAUGGUCAACGACUACUUCAGCCAGGCCGCGAUUGACUUUUUCCUCGGCAAUGUCACCGCGCUGGUAUUUGACGAGUUCGAGGCCACGAUGAUGACAAAGGACCCGGGGGUCUCAAUGUCGAGAAUGCGCCAGCUAGCCAUCGAAACAUCACAAAAGAUCGCCAUAGAGGACGAUAAAGAAGAUUUUAUUGGGGGCUGGACGCUUCUAAGCCCUCACAUGUCCGACACCGUCCGAACCUUUCCUUUUGAGGAAGUUGUCCUCCUCUUGACCGAUACGGCUUUGUACCUCAUCAGAUUCGACUGGAACCUUGACAAGGUAUCAUCCUUCGAAAGAGUGGAGUUGAGCCAUGUUGUCGGUAUCAAGGUCGGCACAUACAUCACAUCCACUAUAUCUGCCGCCCAAACCGACGAGUCGAAGAAUGUUGGAAUGGUCAUUACGUAUGAACCCGGCAAGGCCGAUGUGAAGAGGACGAACACGCGGUCUUUAUCGACCAUGUCCAGUUCAGCUGGGCAAUCGUCUGGCAAGAACGAGGUCCUUGACGAGCCUGCCCCUGCGCCGGCCGCCCCCUCGGGCGUGCUAAACCAGGGGAUUCUCAGCGCCAUCGCAGGCGGGACACGCACGCAGCCACCGCGCAAGAUCGCCCUCAAGGCCCUCUACUCCCACACGUCUAUAACAGAGGCGAAGGGCGUGAAGAGCAUGACGGAGAACGAGCAGAUUAACGUCAUCGUCUCGGAGGUCGAACGCCUGGUGCUUGCGAGUCAGUCACCCCAGGACGAUGACCCAGGCCACAGCAGCAUUAUCGAAAAGGGUGACAUUAUAUCUUUGGCCGAGGCGAAGAAGAGCACGGGUCUGUUUGAACAGCUGGGACAUAGCAUCAAGAAGCUGGUGUGGGCGUAG